AUGGAUUUUGAAGCUAGAGAAGAUAGAGAUGGUGUACGAUUAUCGUGGUCUUCGGUACCGAAAUCGAAAUUGCAACAUCAAAGAAAUGUUAUACCUUUAGGAGCAUUAUACACACCAUUAAAUGAUAAAAGUGAAAUACCAGUUUUGGAUAAGUCACAUUUAAUAACCUGUCGUUCAUGUCGUUCAAUACUAAACCCUUUCGUCAUUGUCAACAACGGCACUUGGUCAUGUCAAUUUUGCAACGUGCCUAAUCAACUACCAACACAGAUAAUGGCUGAAGAUGGAACACCUCUUUUACCACCAGCCCUAGACGGACAGUGCACAACAGUAGAAUAUGAAACUGGCAGACAAAGUGCUUUGCCACCAGUGUUUUUCUAUGUUGUUGAUACUUGUUUUGAAGGUGAGGAUGUUGAGGCUGAGUUUGCCAAAUUGAAAGAAAGCUUGGUCUUAUCUUUGAGUCUCUUGCCAGAGAAUGCAUUGGUAGGGUUUGUUUCCUUUGGGAAGCAUGUUAAAGUGCAUGACUUGACUUCAAAUGAUGAUCUCAGUUAUACUUUUAACGGGAACAAAGAAUAUAACUUGGAACAAGUGCAGCAAACAUUAGGGUUACUGGGAAGCGGAAUUAGUAAUGCUGGAUUGCUACAUGCUCAAGGUAAUGCUGAUCUUGAACACUUGAUUGGACACGCAGCUAGACGAUUCUUACAACCACUCAGCUUGGUCGAAUACGAGUUGACAAAUAUUAUUGAAAAUCUCGUACCCAAUUCUUUCCCACAUGGUGAGUAUAGUGAUCGUCCAUCCAGAGCCACUGGUUCAGCAAUAAAUGUGUCAACUUUGUUAUUGAAGAGCAUACUUGGUGAUAAUCAUUUAACUGGUGGCCAUUUGAUGGUGUUUAUUGCCGGUGUAUGUACUAUGGGUCCCGGCAAAAUUGUUGACACACCAUUGAAAAUCCCAAUGAGAUCUCACCAUGAUAUUUUGAAAGAACAAUCCCGUCUAAUCAAAGCACCAACAACAUCGUCAAAGACUAAAACCGAUACAUCUUUAUUCAAAGAAGCCAAAGCAUUUUAUGCCAAAGUAGCAAAGAAAUUGGUUGUUUUGGGGCUCAGUUGUGACCUUUUCAUUGGAAGUUAUGAUCAAGUUGGAUUGUUCGAAAUGGACGAAGUUUGUGCCAAAACCGGUGGAGUUAUCGUCAUGACCGAUUCUGUAAGUACAGCAAUCUUUCGACAAAGUUUUGCCAGGUUUUUUAAAAAGCAAGAGAUUAAUAAUGAAUGGCUUGAUAUGGGGUUUAAUUCAACAUUGGAGAUUAAAGUGUGUCAAGACUUGAAAAUUGAAGGAUUGAUUGGUAACGCACUGGCAUUACCAUUCAAUAAAAUGGUUGCUGCUAAUGAACGAAUGAUUAGUGAACGUGAAGUUGGACAAGGUAGAACCAAUAGUUGGAAAUCAUGUAGCGCUGAUCCACGAUCAACUUAUGCCAUAUAUUUUGAAAAGAUGGAUAACCUACACACAAACAAUGCUGCUACAUUUAUACAAUUUUUGUUUCAUUAUCAACAUCCUAGUGGUGAAUUGAGACUACGUGUUACGACCGUGCCUGUCAAUACCAUUCUAGAUUCGGAUAGUGCGCAAUUAGAAGCUGGAUUCGAUCAAGAAGCUGCUUUGGUCCUUGUUGCUCGUGAAGCAGUUCAAAAACUACAAACUGAUUUGCACAGGAAAUUUGUCAGUGGUACUGCUCUAAGCAAACAAUUGGACCAAGUGUUGAUUGAUUUUUGUACACGAUUUGCCGUGUAUCAAAUGGGCAAAAUGGAUUCAUUUAGAUUGUCAACCACUUAUUCCCUUUUUCCGCAAUUUAUGUUUCAUUUAAGACGAUCCCCAUUUAUCAAUGUUUUCAAUAGCUCCCCCGAUGAAACUAGUUUUGUGCGACAUGUGUUUAUGCAUGAGGAUUUGGCCAAUUCUUUACUUAUGAUUCAACCUACAUUGUUAUCAUAUGAUAUAAACAGUUGGGGAUCUUCAACUAUUGACGAAGAAACCAACGAGGAGGUCAUCAACGAACCAGAAUCAGUGCUCCUUGACUCAAUGAGUUUGGGGAAAUCCAAAAUCUUACUUCUUGAUACAUUUUUCCAAAUUUUGAUUCAUCAUGGUUCACAAAUUGCUCAAUGGAGGAAAGCAGGAUACCAUGAACAAGAAGAAUAUGCAUAUUUCAAAGAUUUUCUUGAAGCACCCAAAAGGGAAGCAAUGCUGUUAUUAGUUGAUCGAUUCCCCUUGCCUCGUUUUAUUGAUUGCGAUGAAGGUGGAUCACAAGCAAGAUUCUUGAUGGCAAAAUUGAAUCCAAGUACCAGUUAUGCGACUAAUGUCAAUCACUUUUAUGGAUGGGGUGAUCGCUCUGAUGUUUUCACUGAUGAUGUUAAUUUGCAACUGUUUAUGGAUCAUGUUCAACGAGUUGUUACAUCAAAGAAGUAG